AUGCUCAGCAGGCCCGGAUCUCCGGGACAACGAAGUCCCAUCGUCUCGCGGACGCUAACGCUAAAUUUGAGCAAAAAACGGUCCAAGGAAUGGCUGUGCUGGGGAACGAUGAACGUACUGUUGCUCUCGGUGCUUCUGUUCGACAUUUCCAACAAGUGUCCGUACUCGUUUUCGCCCUGGUACUACGUUGAGUAUGCGGCGGCCGCUAUACUCGCCUGCAGUAUGACCUAUUACUACGCGCAGUACUUCUUCUACCUCUUCGGAACGGAACCAAUAAAAGGCACCGAGCAGCAGCGUCAAAUGCUGCAGGUAGCCACGGACGACAAUUCCUUCAUCACGACGCCACGGCAAACGAAAAAACCCACCAGUGCGGAAGCUUCGCCCGUGACCGUUUCCACGUCACUGUUGUACUCACUGAACAAAUCGGCGGACCAUGCGGUGACCCCGCCACCACCGGGUUGGCCGAACAACCGUCGUGCCAAUACACCACCGCGGCAACAGUUGUCACCACAGGAUCGGAACAGUUCAUACGACGGCCAAACACAAAAUGUUAGCGCCGGAUCGCCGGGCAUGUUUUCAACCACUAUGCGAAAGCUGGCCAUUCCGAGUGACACCAUCGUCGAUGAGCAACAGUUGGACAGUUUUUUGAAUAGGGAAGGCUCACUGGACAAAAUGAGUCAUUCGUACAAGGAACACAUGAACAUAUCCGAUGCGUUGAUGAAUUCUUUUUACGGCCGCUCGCAGAUGUACGACAUGGCCACUUUGCUGAAAAACUCCGUGUACCAACUGUCGUCGUCGGUCACACCGAGCAAACAGCUUGCCAAGGAGCAUGAAACGGGCGCGUACAACGCCUUCAUGGACGGCAGCCCGGAAGGGUUGAAGAAAGUGUCGACCACACAGCUGUCUAACUACGUAGGCAAUCUGCGAAUGUGGAUAUCGCUCACGAUUCUACAGCGCAUCGAAGAGGAGGUUAACCUUGCGGACCAGGCGUUCAAGAGCCGAGGCUUUGCCGACAUUCAGAUCGGAGCCAUCGGGUUGGAGCGGCUGAAGAAGACGGCCGAGAAUCAGCAGCUCGUUUCGCUGUACAUACCGCGGUUGCCGCUGUUGAUUCCGUUCCUGGAAAUGAGCACCAACCAGGAGUACCUGGUGCAGCGUAUCAAAGACCUGUCGAAGGGUAGCUGCAUAGCGGACUAUCGCUGGAACUCGGGUGCCAGCUACAAGGGUCUUUCCUGGGACGAACACCUGCCAACCGAUUCCGCAAUCAUCUUCCACCUUUUUUGCACCUACCUAGACAGCCAAUUGCGUCCACUACCGCAGCCCGGUGGCCGCCCCUUCUACAACCGGUACGUGGUGGUGGGCGACAAGAAAUCCUCCAAAGAAACGUUGGCCGAGGUGAGCGGGAAAAACAAGGCAAAAUGUGCCAUCCUCUGUACCAAUCCGAUGAAACCGAAGCUGAACUUUGUUUCGGAUGAUAAAAUCCAUAGCUGCGCUUACGACCGAAAUAAUUUGUUCUACGUCAUCAUUCAGUUUUUAAUCUACAUGAAAACACACCACGAAAGCUCGCUGGAAGGUAUCAAUCUGGGACGGAGUGGAAUCAAUAUACUCUGCUGUAUCGAAGACUGA